ACUUGACGUUUAUUUUACUUUAAUUGUGUAAUUGGUUUUAAAAGUUUUUAUGACAAAUGCUUUGAUUUUAACUUAUAGCGGUCUCUAAACUUCGUUAUUUUAUAAAUUAUUUAAACGAUUAUAUUUUAUCAAAAAUAAUUGGAAUUCUUUUAUCAUGAAUCAACAAGAUUCAACUCGUACGGCAUGCAAUACCGCAGUGUUAGAGGAUUGUCAGGAUAGAAAAAGAACAGACUUUCAUCUACAUGAUUUUGAUAUAGGCAAAUGUUUGGGAACAGGACAUUUUUCUAAAGUAUUUUUAGCCAGAGAAAAACUAUCAAAGUUCGUUGUAGCUUUAAAAGUAAUUUUGAAGAAAGAUGUGCUACAAGAAAAAUUUCAAAACCAGGUUCUGCGAGAGAUAGAUAUACAUAUGCAUCUUUGGCAUGAAAAUAUUUUACGAAUGUAUGGAUACUUUCAUGAUGAUAAGCGAAUUUAUUUAAUUCUAGAAAUUGCACCAGGUGGAGCUUUAUAUGAGCUUAUGCAAGAGCAACCAAACAAGCGUUUUGGAGAAAAACAAGCUGCUAAAUACAUAAAAGAUGUUAUAUCUGCUCUGGAUUAUUGCCAUGAAAGAAAAGUUGUUCACCGUGAUAUUAAACCUGAAAAUUUACUAUUAGGACAUAGAGGACAAAUAAAACUAGCAGACUUUGGAUGGGCAGUUCACAUGCCUAGUUCUAAUAUGGAUACUUUAUGUGGCACUUCCGAUUAUUUGGCUCCAGAGAUGAUUCAAGGAAAGAAAUAUACGAAUGCAGUAGAUCUAUGGGCAUUAGGAGUUUUAUGUUAUGAACUAUUGUCAGGGAGAACUCCUUUUAUGAGUGACAAUAAUUUAGAUAGCCAUCAUAAAAUUUUAAAUGUGCAAUAUGUCUUACCUACCUUUAUUUCUCAAUAUGCCCAAGAAAUAAUAAGUAAAUUAUUAGUGGCGAAUCCCUCUCAAAGAAUAUCACUUUUAGAGUUAUCAAAACAUUUGUGGAUCACUGAUCAGGACAAAGUUGACUGGAGUAAUGUAUUAUCAUGAUGAUUAAGGGCAUUUUAUCUUAGAGUAAGCAACAAAUUUUCUAAAAUAUUUAACUAAUUUUGUAUUUAUAAAACUUUAGAAUUUUACUUAUAUUUAUAGAAUAUAUUGUUAUUACCAUUAAUAAUUUAUAAAUAAGAGUCUAUUAUGUAUGGCAAAU